UUUCACAUUUCUUGUUCCUUCCGAUGUCCUUUUCUCAGUGCGUCGCGAAAUGUUUGUGUACAUAGCAACUAAAAUACCGUUAUUUCUGGUCCAAACUGUUGGAAGCAGUCAUUUUUUUCAACGAGAAUGUCUCUACAGGCAUCUCCUCAGUCAAUCGGGAUGCAGAAAUGUACUGAUGAGGAAACGUUCUACAUGCACUGCAGAGCCGCCUACCUGACUGUAUUUAGGUCUAGUCUGGCCAGUAUCACCUCCAAACAUCAGCUAUGCCGUGUUCUCCAGCAGGCAGGCAGAAAUCCAUCCCAGGCAACUCUCAACAAACACUGGACCCCAAGUACCACUAAGCUGAACUUUGAUGAUUUCUGUGAGAUAGUGAAGAAUGAGAGGCCGACAGAGGCGCACGAGUUGAUGAGAGCCUUCAGAAAGAUGGACAUUAAUGGAGAUGGCUAUAUCUCACACAGUGAACUACACAUAGUCCUCACUUCAAGAGGUGAAAAGAUGGCUGCCAAGGAGGUGGAUGCCAUUUUUUCAUUAGCUGAUACCAACAAAGAUGGCAAAUUGGACUAUGCCGAGUUCUGCAGACUGAUGGAGUCCACGGCAGAGCAGUGUCAGAUUGCAGCUCUGGAGAGACUGGAGGCUGAUGCCAAGCUGAAGAGGCAGAACUUUGGCAACGAGUUAGACAGCACUCCAAAGAGCUUAGCGUCCACCGCUGUGACUGUCCCCCAGCCACCACACAAAACGGAGCCGGACAUCACACUGAAGAAAGUUACAGAUGUGUUUCUCCGGUGUGUGUCUGUAUGUCUCUCAGACAGCAGAUCGUCGUCCCGGCCCUCCUCAGCUCGCAGUAGACGGUCGUCACUGUCUAACGCCAUCACCAUGGCAGCCAGCAACACUAAGAGCAUCAAGCUGGCAGAGCCCACAUCUAUACAGGACUGGCAUCACACCUGUAUGAAGGGCAGUUUCUUCCUUGAGGAGGAUGGAGGCAUCACGUCCCUGCAAUACCGUCUCACCGUCCCCCAGACAGCCACCGUCUACCUCACCAUCAGACCUCUCAACCUUAGCCAGAGACUUGAAAAGCCCUCAUCCUGGAUGUCGGUAGACACAGCUGUCUUUCUGGUGUCAGGAAAAGACACUAAAGAGGACUCCACUUUGGUGUGUUUCACUGAGUCAAGAGACAAAGAGAAGUGUUGCUGGAAGGGGGAGAUGAGUGCUGGUACCUACUGCCUCCUUCCCUUCACCACGGGCUGUAGGCUGAGGAAGAGGACCAGGAAGAGCGUGUCUAAACCUGUCACGCUGGUCAACAGGACUGACACGGGGGAGCUGGACCUCACUAGGGACUUCAGGGGGGUGCUGUCUGAUAUCUUUGAGGUGAUAGACCUGGAUGGGAACGGCCUCCUCAGCCUGGAGGAGUACAAUUUCUUUGAGCUCAGGACCAGUGGAGAGAACUGUGAUGAGGAAGCAUGGGCUGUCUGCAAAGAGAACUUUGACACCCGGAAGAACCAGCUCAGUCGUCAGGGCUUCAUGGAGCUCAACCUGAUGGAGGCCAGCGAGAGGGGGGGAGACCCCACAGACCUCUGGGUAACGCUGGAGGCCAUGGGUUACAACCGCAGUCUGGAGAUGGUGGAGGCGUGUCCGUUCCUGAUAGAUGUUUACUGUGAGGAGGGUCAGUGUACUCUGCAGCCGGUCAGUCUGGAGUCAGGCCACAGGAUCCUGAACACAGCCCUGCAGAGGUCCAUCACGGCCAGGUCAGAGGUCAAAGCCCUCAGGGGUCAGGAGAACAUCCUGGUCUACACCUACAGAGGAGAACACAGGAUCUCCACCGUCAUCGCCAACAAGACCAACCAGAAGGUGACGGUGCACGUGAACAACGAGCAGAGUAAGAACUGCAGCAGCAGCAGAGGGAUGAGUGUGUUCGCUGUGGAGGUCCCUGCUAGAACCAAGAUGGUGUGCCAGCAUGUCCUGCCCAUCAACGAGCACCAGGAGUGGACCUACAGCUGUGUGGAGAGCAUUAUACCAUGCCAGUGAAACAGUGAUAGACAGCAACCCUAAUAUUACCAUGGUACUUUAUAAAACAUACUAAUACAAAGGGARAGUGGGCCAAAAGCUAUUUAUAGCCAACGGGAAACUGAAUUAAUGAAUAAUACUAUAUGUAUGUAACAUGUGCCUUUGUGAUAGUGGUGUGUAGUUGUUUUUCCAUGGAAUUGUAUGAAAUUACGUUGAUUUGAAAAAUCUUUAAUUGAACUAUAAUAGAGAUUCUGUAGAUAAUGAUACUGAACUUAUAUUUGCACUAUGAUUUAUAAUAUUUUUAACACUCAAUUUCCAUUGUACUGUGACUCCUAUAAUAAUGUGUAUAACUUUUCAAUAGUACAUAGUUUUAUCACAUGCCUUUAUAUACGAAUAUGAUGUGCAUUGUAACGUGUUUUAACAAGUGUGCUCAAGUCUCAUAUUUACAAACAAUAUGCUAUAUCUCUAACAAUAUUACAUUAUUACGUAUGUCAGUCAAAACUCAAAAAUAAAUCUCUAAUUUAAAAUAAUGGA